AGCCUUUUCUCUCCGGAUUGUCGUUCUCCUCCCCACUCUUUGGCCAUCUCGCUGUCUCAGUAUGGCUCUUCAUCUCUUUUCGUGGUCGCCUUUGCGCACCGUUAGCUCAGCCUUUGGGUCGGUGUCUGCUGCUGCUAGUGUUGCUUGUCGCUGGAAUUCGACCGCUGCUCCGAAUCCCGCUCCUCAGCGUGGCCCCAGAUCUCGGUCUCCCAAAGUGUACAACCGCCGCCGUGGACCAGUGGACCGCCGCCGAUUUCUCGAGGAGCAGCGGGCUCAGAGUGAGAGCAGGGCUUUGGAGAGGUUUCAGACGCGUGAAUGGAAAGCCGGUGAUCUCUAUGCCCCUCAUGAUCUCAGCCCGGCAGAGAUGAAGAAAUGGAGGAAGCGUUACAGUCCCUCGACUGAUGCCUUUGACGCCCUGAACCUGAACCCCCUGGAUCUGUAUAAGAACUUCUCUGUUAUGUCGGAAUAUAUCACCUCGAUGGGUCGGAUAAAGCACAGAAACAUGACGGGUCUGCGGCCCGUCAACCAGCGCAAGAUUUCCAAGGCCAUCCGGAGAGCUGUUGGUCUCGGUCUCAUGCCCAGUGUUCACCGACACCCGGAAGUUCUGGCGGCCGAAGCAAGGUCGCGGAUGGAGGGAGGAAGUGGCUACUGAAUAGAGUUCCUCUGUAUAACAUCGGUAUAGGGUCACGGACUGGACUCGGGUUGCUUUCGAUAUGAUAGUUCUUUUCUUCCUCAGCUUUUGAACUCCUUGGUGUUUUUCUUUUAUUUUAUUUUAUUGCUAGCCAGACAGCCUUGACGGGAUGGCCUAUGUACAACUACGACUAUUUACCACCACCAUUCUCAUUUCAAUCCAACCAAUACAUAUGACAUUGUGCAAUGAUAGGGGCGGAAGGGGGAUUUCAGGCAGCAACUUAGACACUGAAUGAGCAUUGACUCUGAUAAGAAGACGAUAGUUAUAUAAGUACCUGUCCAGUC